ACCCCCAAACAAAAACCCGUAAUACGAAUGCUAUAGUUACAUAUAUAACGUUACUAUAAUAUAUUUGACGUUGUUGUUUGGGGAUACGUGUGGUCAAAACGAACAGAAACCGAAACGUAGCUUAGGCAGAUUUAAGUGAAAAUGUUUAGAGCUAAAUUGAUGGUUGUAUAGUGUCUUGUAAAGACACAUGGCACAGUCGAGGAAAAUCGCAAAACGUGGACGUCAGCCAUUAAGUGUGGAGCAGGUUGUCGUUGGGGCACAAGCUACAGUGAGCAGUGCACAACAACUUGUUGCAAGAGUUACUGCACCUUGUGUACGACAAAGAGCAGGUCGCACACACAAGAGUGUGACUAAACCAGUUCCUGUACACAAGAGUGUAGAAGUAAACCUGUACAAUUGUACCAAUGUACAAGUGGGAUAUCAUAACAUGAUGUGCAUACAGAAUGUGCAGCGUAUUAAGGAGAGCAGUAUGCACAUGUUAUCUGACACUGACGAGGAUGAGCUCACUCAGCAGGACGAUGUUGAGAAGGAAUCACAGUUAACUAAUUCUUUACGAACAGUGUCCGAUGAUGAACUCCGCAAUUUGGCACAACAUGUUGGUGGGAAGUGGAGACGGUUUGUUCGCCAUUUGGGAAUUGAAGAGGCUGAUAUUGAAUAUGCAUACAGUCAGUACAAUUCCUCUGGUUUGGUAGAGACUGUCUAUCAAAUUUGUCUCCAGUGGAAACGAGAAAACAUUCAUCCAUUGGUUUCAACUAUAGCAGAUGCACUGAAACAUUCUGAAUUAAAACAUCUCUAUGAAUAUUUAACUCCUUAACAUCAUAUGUCUUUCAAAUAAGUAUUUCUUCAUUCACUGUGUAAAGACAUGUUUUUAUUUGUUGUACUGGUACAGGAGAAUUGAGAACAAUAAAACUUGUAUUUUGAUAUCUAUCAGUAAAGAGUACAUCCUCAAUGAUGUAAUAUUUAUAUUUGUGGUUGUGCAGGAAGGUCAAAACCAGAAGUUACUAACCAUUCCGGCUUAGUUCUUCAGUAAUGCCAUAGUUACCAUGUGUCAAGAACACCUAACAUAAAGUUCCAGUUCAGCUAAGAAAGUGGAAAGACUGUUUGAUAGGUAGAUUCUUACCUUUGUUCUCUCACCAUGAUGAAGUCAGAAGGCCAGAUAAAGGUAUUACUUUUAAGAUGGUGACAAUGUCAAGUUUUUGUAUUUUGAUUAAUUUCUCACAAAAGUCCCAGAUUAAUGAAACUUGCAUCUAUGGAUUUUUAUCUUGGUACAAGUUAAAAACAUUUUACAGUUAAAAAACCCCACCUAGAUUAAUUACAAAUUUUACAUUACAAAUUAUUUAUUAUAAUAAAUAAUUAAAAGUACUUGGAACAGUGUUUGGUAUUUCUGUCCAAAAUUCAGUUUUUUGCUUAAAAUAGUAAUUUAUUCACAUCUAAUCAUGUGGAAUUUCUUUCUGAUGGUAUAUAUAAAUAUAUACUGCUUGUGCAUAUUUAUCGUGGUUCCACAAUUUCAGUUUUACUAAUAAUGAGACGAGUAGAUAUUUCUGUUGAUGAUCAUUUGAAAUGUUCUGAAUUGUCACACCUCCUCACAAUUGACUAAAACACGAUAUGAAAACUCUGGCGUGUGCCGGACAGUCAAAUCGUAACACCCUCUUGAGCUUUUAUAGAUAUUAGGAUAACCUGAAAUAAAACAUAUAUACAAAAGUGAAUAUUGAAUGUGAAAAACUUUGUUUCAACAACAUAGACUAUUUUUAGAUGAUCACAUAUCUUUAAACAUUUAUCUUUUUAAGACUCAUUGAAAUGAACGUUUAUAGAUGUAACUAUGAGAGACACCAAAUCAGUUUAUGGUAGAUGAGAUAUUCUGUAGAAUUGCUGCACCCAUAACCCCUCCAAAUUGACUGAAUUGCUGCACCCAUAACCCCUCCAAAUUGUCUGAAUUGCUGCACCCAUAACCCCUCCAAAUUGACUGAAUUGCUGCACCCAUAACCCCCUCCAACUUGACUGACUUUCUGCACCCAUAAGCCCCUGCAAAUUGACUGAAUUGCUGCAUCCAUAACCUCUCCAAAUUGGCUGAAUUGCUGCACCCAUAACCCCUCCAAAUUGGCUGAAUUGCUGCAUCCAUAACCCCCUCCAACUUGACUGAAUUGCUGCAUCCAUAACCCCUCCAAAUUGGCUAAAUUGCAGCACCCAUAACCACUCCAAAUUGACUGACUUUCUCUGUAUGAAAGUUGUUGAUAACUAACCUGGCAGUUCUAAAGAGCUGAUAAGGAGUGACCAAGUGCGUCAUGGUGUUAGUGAUAGUAAUAGGAAUUUUGAGUUCUUAAUAUGAAAUAAUUAGUUACUAGAAAAGCAUCUGAAUUCCAAAGUAUGCUCAAUUCACAUGUGCUAGCUCUGCAUUUUUGUGUGUGGUGUGUGUGGUGUGUGUGUGGUGGGUGUGUGUGGUGUGUGUGUGUGGUGUGUGUGUGUGUGAUCAACUUCAAGCUAUUUUGUUGUUUGAAUUUCAUUUUCAUAUACAGUGAAACCACUAUAAAUUAGACACCCAAGGACCAAGUUAAAAGUCUAGUUUUAAGUGGUUUAUCCUGUUUUACAGAGGUUCCAAGUAAAACAGUUGGUAGCUACAUGAUUGAUUAUCGUUUGUACCAACAGGAUUACUUGAAUUACAGUUUGUAACUACAGAGGAUUAAAUUAUUGAAAAAAUUAUUAGUUUGUAACUGCAUAAUUAUUUUAAUUACAAUUUAUAGACACAUGAUUACAGUUAGUAACUAUAGGAUUACUUGAAUUAGUUUGUAUCUUCAGGAUUACUUGAAUCAGUUUGUAUCUGCAGGAUUACUUGAAUCGGUUUGCAUCUGCAGGAUUACUUGAAUUAAUUUGUAUCUACAGGAUUAUUUGAAUGAUAGUUUGUAACUAAAGGAUUAUUAGUCCCCUAUCGGUCCAACUGGAGGGGACUAUAAGUUUCAUCUCUGUCCUGUCUGUUCAUCUGUUUAUCUGCCUGUCUAUCCUUCUGUCCCACAUAUAGUUUUCCGAAUGUUUUUUUCACAAGGCCUUGAGAUAUUGAGCUAAAAGUUUGGGUAUAGCUUUAUCAUGUACUGUUACAGAUCCAGGUUUGACUUUCAUGGCGAUUUACCCAUUUUUAACAGAGUUAUGGCACUUGGAACUUUGGAGAUGUGAAAAUUUGUUUUCCAAACUGUUUGUUUAGAAGGCCGUGCGAUAUUGGGCUAACAUUUUGUGUAUAGGUCUAUCAUGUACUGUUAGUGGUCAAGUUUGACUUUCAUGGCAAUUUACCCAUUUUUGAAGGGAGUUAUAGCCCUUUAUCUUAGGAGAUAUGAAAAUUAGUUUGUUUUUUUUUUUGUUGCCUGAAGAUAUUGAGAUGAAAUUUUGUAUAUAGCUUUAUAAUAAACUUUUACAGAUCAGGUUUAACUUUCUUGGUGAUUGACCCACUUUUCAAAGAGUUAUGGACCUUGAAUUUAGGAGAUAGAAAAAUUAUUGGGCCAGAUAGGGGACAUGUAUCGCUUUAGCAGUACUCCAGGAAUGCUUGUUUUAAUUAUAAUUUGUAGCUAAGGAUUACUUGUAUUGAUGUUCACCUACAUGGUCACUUGAGGUAGAUUAACAUUUUUAUCUACAGUAUUACUUCAAUUUGCCAUAUAACCGUAAAUAAAAUGUGUUUAGUGUGUCGUUGAAUAAAAAAAAAAUUCUUCCUUCCUUCAAUUUGCAAACGUAAAAUAUAACUGUACAAAGUACAGUUUGUAGCUGCGGGAUUACCUGAAUGUGUGAACACUGAAUGUAACUGUAGUCAAUUGUAAAUUCCUCAACUUGUGUGGGACAUGAGCCAUGGUAGUGUGUGUAAACAACGAACCAUGGAAUUUUGCUUCAUUUGCUGAUAAUGUACAUUGUGUUGAAUAAUAUAAUAAUACAUGAUGUUGUAUAUAUUGACAUAAAACAAACUUUAUAUAUGA